CCACAAUGCAACGCGCAGCUGUCAUGGCUGCCCGCUGAUGGCUUCUACUCCACAUGGGCGCAAAGCUACGUACUAGUUCUUUCCACUUAUUUUGCCAACUAAAUGAAAUCUUUUUGAUUCACACUCUGAACCUGAAUUGAAGCGAGAAGGUCGCGCGGCAACAGUAGUGCAGGAAGUCGUGGCUGUCAAAGAUGCUACUCGACGUGGAGAUCUCCAUCCUCCGAGGCUUUUUAACACCCGGUGAGCUGACAACAUGGAAACAGGACAUUUACAGUAUUCCAGAGGCGGGCUUAUUGUUGGAGUUCUUGAUGAUUGGGGACUUUGAGGCAGUCUUGAGAAGCCCCCAGGUGUCAGCGCUGCUUACCGGAGAUGGCAGCUGUCAUGAGGGUGAGAACAUUGAGGCCUAUCUAGAGAGACGCAUCCUGUUGUACCUAACUGGUGACAUGGAUGGCGAGCAAACCAACAGCUUCAGAGAGCUGGUAGUGAUGGUCCUUGCUGUCUCUUGCCUCCAAAUGUUUGUUCAAAGCAACUGGACUGGUCCUUCACUUUCCAUCCACCUCUCUGACCUUCUUCCUCUGGUCCUGCUCUCUUCUCAGCCUCAAUCCACGGUAGAAGCUAUCCACUCUUGCAUGCUCCUGGAUGGUGAGUCUGUCUACAGCUUGGUGGCCAACCCAUUCCUCCUCCUCUUGGCACGGGUGAUUCUUACCAAAUGCUCUUCCAAAAUGGGACAUCUUCAGCUCCUACCCUGGUGGACUCUGCGCUACGUCAAACUUCACCAGCAAAUUCUCGAGGCGUGUUCUCAGCAGCUCCUCGACUUGUCUCUCAUCAGCAUGGAGAAAGUGCUGAAAUGUGAGGCUCUGUUCUCCGAGCAGAGAAACCUGGCAAUCCAGUUCCACUUGGAGUGUGUGUACUUAUGUCUAACCUACUACGAAUACCAGACUGCCAAGGAACACAUCAAGAAAGCCCAGGAGCUCUCAAUGCUUGAUAUUAACAUGACUGGUGCCUUGGGAAAACGUACAUAUUUCCAACAAAAGUAUUUGGCUCAGCUCAUUCUUGAAGUCAAGAGAAAGCAGGAUCAGGAUCAAUCGGUUGCAAGUCCAUCACCAACUCCGCAAGCUUUACUUCCCAAGGAUUGCAAUCUUGGGGAUGACACAGUGUUGGACAAGAUUCGUUUAGAAGAUCCGGACCAGUAUGAGCUGCCGGAACUCACUGCGGAGGAGCAGGCUGUCAUCUUGGGCCUCUCCACGGAUUUUCAAAAGAACAACCCUGUCCACAAAUUGACACAAGAAGAACUUCUGGCUUUUACAUCGUGUUUACUGGCUCAACCCAAGUUCUGGGCCGUUAAGGUGUCUGCGCUUUGCCUCAGGACUAAACUGGAAAAAGGGAGUUCGCGGUGUAUUGAGAGAGCCAUGAUGCAAACUCAGGCAAUAGUAGACCAUUUUGAAGACAAGAACUGUCCCUUGAUUGAGCGUCUGAAGGUCUUUUACUGCUGUCCGGCUCCAACCAGAUGGAUUGUCCAGAAACAGUUGGCGACUCUUCUGACCGACCUUGCCUGUGUCAGUUCAGCUUUGCUCAUUUACGAAAAGCUGCAGCUAUGGGAAGACGUUAUCAUAUGCUACGAGAGACUUGGCCAACACGGCAAGGCUGAAGAGAUUGUACGUAGGGAGUUGGAAAAGAAGGAGACACCAAGUCUAUACUGUCUACUAGGGGACAUUUUAAGAGACCAUCAGUACUAUGACCGGGCUUGGGAGCUUUCAGGCCAUCGCAGUGCCAGAGCCAUGCGGUCCAAAGCCCUGCUACAUCUGCGAAACAAGGAGUUCCAGCAGUGUGUCAACUGCUUCGAACAAUCGCUGAAAAUCAAUGCCUUACAGCUGGGUGUGUGGUUUUCCCUCGGUUGUGCCUACUUGGCCUUGGAGGGCUAUGAAGGAGCGGCCAAGGCUUUCCAAAGAUGUGUGGGACUGGAGCCAGAUAAUGCAGAAGCAUGGAACAACCUCUCCACAGCAUACAUUCGACUAAGAAACAAAAACAAAGCCUUUCGCACCCUCCAGGAAGCCCUAAAGUGUAACUAUGAACACUGGCAGAUUUGGGAAAACUUUAUUGUAGUGAGUGUUGACAUUGGUGCCUUCGCUGAAGCCAUCAAGGCCUAUCAUCGUCUAAUGGAUCUAAGGGACAAAUACAAGGACAUCCAGAUUGUCAAAAUCCUAGUAAGGGCUGUUGUCGAAGAGUUGACAGAUAGCCAGGGUGAGCAGACGGCAUCUUUGCAGUCCAAACUAAGGGAACUUCUUGGCCGGAUCAGUUCCCGCCACAGCAAUGACCCUGAAAUAUGGCAGCAAUAUGCCGUACUGUAUGGGGGAGGCCACAGCUGUAAUGCAGAGGAGAACGAGAAGGCACUGCAAUUCCUGACCAAGGCCUAUCGCUGUGAGCUUCAAGCUAGUGGCUGGGAAAAGGAGCCGGACCUUUUUAGGGAAGUGAUCAAAAGAGCAAUCGACAUGGGUGAAAUAAGUAUCAGUUGCAGUAAGAAGAAAAACAAUCCUGCGGAAGCUCUACAGGUGCUCUCCUCAACACGUCUCAACCUGAGGAGCUUGGUCACCAAAGCCAAGCAAAUGCACACUGACAUGGCCUCUGGUGAGAUCCAUGCUGAGCUGCGAGAUGCUGUCGCAGUUCUAGAGCAGCUUGUUACAAAAUUGCAGGAGUUGUGUGAAGAACUGGGUGCCCAAUCGUCGUGAAGACCCCCACAGAAGUCGCUUGACAGCUUUUUUUUUUUACAAGAUAUAAAUUAUGUGUACUGUACAGAUUACCAUGUGUAACUAGCAGAUGUAGAACAUGGGAUUUUGAAUGUUAGUCAAAUUGAUAACAAUGAUACAUUAUAAAGAUAGCAUGUCUGCCUCAGUGGACAGAUGCCUUGUGCUUCUUUUCAUCCUUUUGUGAGAAUCUGUCACGAAAGCAAUUACACAUUAUCAAAAUACUGUAUGAUGUAUAUCAAAGCAUCAACCACAGUAUUCUUUAACCAUACAUUGUAAGGCAUUGAGAAAUUUUCAUAUUUACCAUGCUAACCUGGAGGCAUUUUAACCAUUUAUGGAAAAUCACUCUGCUGCUAAUGUGAAAGUCGCUCAAAUUUUUCACCUUUGAGGUGGAGUUUUCUCAAUGAUUAUGAUGAAUUAGUUUACAAGCGCAUGCUCAAACAAACCAGAUUGAUUCAUUCUUUUUCCGUACCUCUUGACCUACACCCUGAACUGGUUGCCAGCCAAUCACAUUGCACAUAUAGACAUACAAUUAUGAGUGAAAAUUUCAGAGGUAAUAGUUUAGUCUGGGGAACAAAUACAUCACCAUUAGAGGGCGCAAUUUUGACACUGAGAAACAUCUAGUUUCAGUGAAAUGUCUCACAUUUGUAUUGUAAUGGAUGAAAAAAAAAAAAAAAAAUGCAAUUACUGUCAUGUGAAUGUUUUGUCAUGAUUGAGCCGUUGAUCCGGUCCUGUUUCCUUUGUUUUGAGGUCUGGUAGAGGCACCUCGGUCAUAUUAUACUGUAAAUAACCACUGAAGGCAUAUUCCAAACUCCACUGUUGCACUGCAAAACUGUUCCAUGGUAAGAAAAUAACAACUACGGAUCCACCACUAUGUAGCUAAACAGGACUGUCUAAUGUUGUACACCCACCAAUUGCCAGAUUUUCACUUUUUCAACAACCCUAAGGUAGCACUGCUAAGUGAGCAGUUUGUGAUGCAACUCAACCCCACAGUUGUAAGAACUGCUCUGUCAUUGGCCAAGAGCGGCUUCACGUGUGAUUAGCCUAUAUGAUGACAUCAUUUCCUCGCCGAGAUUUUACAAUAGUGCUAACAAACAUGCCAAAGUGGCAGCUAUCCUAGCAAUGAAUGCACAAUUUCCUUGCCAAAAGCAGUCGAGACUCAUUCAACGGUUUCUGCACGCUUUGCUGGUGUGAUGUGGACGUGAGCAACAGGGGUGAAGCGACCGCAGAACAUCAUGCGGAGAGUGCGAGACAAAAGAAAUGAGGCAAGCAGCAGGUGAAUCGACAUUGAUUUUUGCAGAGUUUAACCAAUGAACUUCCUACUGAAACAAGCAGCACCUGACAAAGUUUAACUGAUUACACAUGUAAAAGAUCUGAUGGGUGAAAAGGGGUCCUCUUCAUUGGUUGGAAAGCAAACCUGCACCCUCUUGGCCCUUUCUGGAAUCUGUUUGACAACUGUGCUCUAUUGGCUUACCCACUUUAUUAUGGCAACAAUAAUAAAGACAAAAAGUAACAAAAUAACAGCGGGCCGCCGCAACACGACCACUCACUUUUGCUGUCCCGCCUGUUUUCCCAUUCUAUCUACUUGCUUCCUGGUACAUCACAGCUCCCCAGUCCGAUUGUCUCUUAAGGGGGCCACGCAUAGUUACUCCCCUAAUCAUGUCAC